AUGACAGUUCCAGAAACCAGUACUAAAAUCCCUCUUUGGAUCGACUGUGAUCCAGGCCACGAUGAUGCCAUAGCCAUGUUGUUGGGAUCAAACCUCCCAGAAUAUUUUUUCCUGGUGGGAAUCUCAACGGUUCAUGGUAACGCACCGUUAAAACGAACAACAAACAACGCCUUAGCACUACUAGAUGCCUUUCUUGUGGAUGAAGCGCAUGGUACUGUGAAUGUAUAUGCUGGUGCCGAACGACCACUUGAGCGACCACCUAUGGGCCACGCUCCAUCGAUCCAUGGCGAAUCUGGACUGGAUGGGACCAGCUUGCUCCCUAGUCCGACAAAACAAGCACAAUGGCCUUCAGCAAACCAUUCCAAUCCUGCUGUAGAUGCACUGGCUGAAGCUGUGAAACAAUAUCCAGACACUUUGGCUGUGGUUGCUACUGGUGCGCUUACCAAUAUUGCAGCGUUUGUACAAAAAUACCCAGAGCUAAUUGCGCCGAUCCGGGUGCUAAGUGUCAUGGGAGGUGCAUUUGCAGCGGGCGGAAACAUUACACCCAAUGCGGAGUUUAACAUUUGGUGCGAUCCUGAGGCGGCGCGGAUCGUUCUUGGGAGCAAGUAUGGGAGCAAUGCGCUGGCAUCGAAGACAAUCUUGCUGACUCUUGAUAUGACACACCAAGCAAUUGCGACGCGCGAGAUUUGCGAAAAGGUGCGCGGAAAAAAUACAAGCGUGUCUGAAAAACAGUAUUAUGUGCGCCAGAUGCUUUACGAAUUGCUGGUGUUUUUCGGCAAAACAUAUACACGUGAGUUUGGAGCAGAGUUUGCGCGUGGGCCACCAGUUCAUGAUCCACUGGCAGUAGCUUGUGUUUUGCCUUUAUACCACGUGCUGGGUGAGAGCGCUCCUGAAGAGAAUACAUUGCCUUCUCUUGAUGUAAAAUAUACACGAUACGCGUUAGACAUUGAGACCAAGGAUCCGAAGCUUGUAGGACAAACCAUCAAAUUGGGCAAAGAUGCUGCAGAGGGUGUAUAUGUGAUUGAAAGCAUGGACAUUGAAGCAUUUUGGAGAUUGGUUUUGCGCAGUUUGGACCACCUAGAUGCGCGGGCGCACUCUCUACUAAAAUUGUAG